UCAAACGAGAGAAAUAUUAUAUCCAGGCAUGGUGUGGGCACAUGAGCAGAAUGAUGUAUUGUACCAAGGAACAAUCAUCAGCGAACAUUCCCAAUCAACCAACACCGACAAAAACUGAAGAUGCUGUUGAUCCAGCACCUGACAUCAGCUCAUACAAAGUUAAGGAAUAUUACAGUCACAACGACUUCUCCUUUUAUGACAUUGAUGCUGAUAUGAAGACUCACCGACUGAAGCAGCCCUCCAGUCAUGGUGCUUUGCAGCCAUGAGAUUUUACAUGAACAUUUCCCAGAAACAUCUGUUUCUGAGGCUUAUAGUGACACGGCCAAUAGAAGAAAGCCUCAGGAUACUUAGGCUUAUUGUAUUUCUGUAUCAAUAAAGUUAAUUUUGAUCAGAUUCACAAUUA